AUGCACCAGAACAUCACCAAGGUCGCUGAGCGAGGCGAAAGGCUCGACAAUCUCCAGGACAAGACUGCUCAAGGAUUCCGCCGUGGUGCCAACCGCGUCAGGAAGCAAAUGUGGUGGAAGGACAUGAAGAUGCGCGUGAUCAUCGCCAUCGGUAUCGCUGUUCUCAUUGUUGUUAUCGUCGUGCCGAUUGUAAAAGCGGGCUUUACUGACAACAUAUUCGGUAAUUACAAAGGAGAUACUGAUGCUAAGGCGGAGCUAGCUAUUGGGGAGAGCCCCGGGCAGCUUGAAAUGCUUGAGGCUCGAAAGAACUAUCAAGGCCCGGGUGGUUGCCGUUGGAGAAGGCUGGUUUGA